CAAUGAAGCUGAUGCCACAUGAAAUAUCUGCCUGGCUUAGCUGUGACUUUCACUCUAGAGUCUGGUGGAAAAUACUUGUCAAACUGUGCUGGGUUGAUUACACUGGUAAUACUUCAGAUUUAAGCCUCACAUCCUCAGAUCCAGGAAAGCAACUGCCAGUAUCAAGCAGUUACAUACUGAAACCAAACUCAACUCCUGUGUCAAAGACACAGUGGACAUUGGAGGCUACCUGCAUAAAGGUCUCAGGAUUGGUACAGCUACUUCCUACAUGGAAGCUGACACCAGUGACAUCAAUAUUUAGCUCUUUUGCCCAUUCCAGAAGAAGCCUGCUGGCUUUGAGCUUGGCACCAGGUUUAACACGGAGGUGACGGACUGCUUUGGAAUCAUCAUUUGCAAUCUUAAAAACCAACUCUGCUUUGAGUGUGUUCUGGCAACUGACAUCAACUUGACCUUAUUACCGAAAAUCAUCAUCUGGACUCCAUUAUUGGCAGUGUACUUAAUUUGAGACAUUUGUUUACAAGAAUUUGCAUAGAUAAACCUCUUUGGGGGCAUCCCCAGAAUCUGCACCAAUUGUAUUUCAGCCUUGCUAGCACAGUCAAAUCCUGUCCCAGUGGCAGUGAGAGUCUUUAUGAUGGCUCUGCUAUCAUUAUGUUUGACUGCAUGAAAGGGGGUGACAUGAGGAAGAGCUUUUAACCAUCUUAGAUGUAUCUUUAGAAUGUCUCUAAGGUCCAUGACAUAGAAGCCAUCCUAAUCAUCAUCAGAAGAAAAUUCAUUAAAUUUUUGGUCCAGAAUGUCUUUGGCAGUAAAACCUUCAUCAAGGAAGCGAGUGGCAGUGAAACUCCUCAUUACUAAACUUUUCAUGGUGUCUUGAUUUUCCUCUGAAACACAACAAAAUGGAAAACUAAGAGAUGGAAUUGAAAGAAAUAUUUCCAGCUUCUCACAAAGACAGUUCUCCAGGAAUUCCAAAUCCUGCCUCUUGUGCCCUCAGAGCAGCAGUGGAAACAUUCUCAGAGCACCUGGGUACCAUGGAGAGUGAAGAUGCUGCUCUCUGAGCCAGAGCUACAGGACCUCUGUGCUGUGCCUGUCAGUGCCUUGCUUCUGCCCGCCAGAGAUGCUGGCCCAAGGUUCAUGCAUGGGAGAUCUCAGACCAGUUGUUACAGAUCCGACAGGAUGUGGAAUCAUGCUAUUUUGCUGCACAGACCAUGAAAAUGAAGAUUCAGACCUCAUUUUAUGAGCUCCCCACAGACUCUCAUGCCUCUUUACGGGACUCAUUACUAACCCAUAUCCAGAACUUGAAAGACUUGUCACCUGUCAUUGUAACGCAGCUGGCUUUAGCAAUAGCAGAUCUUGCCCUACAGAUGCCUUCCUGGAAGGGAUGUGUGCAAACACUGGUGGAAAAAUACAGCAAUGAUGUUACUUCUUUGCCUUUUUUGCUGGAGAUCCUUACAGUGUUACCUGAAGAAGUACAUAGUCGUUCCUUACGAAUUGGAGCUAAUCGGCGCACAGAAAUUAUAGAAGAUCUGGCCUUCUACUCUAGUACAGUAGUAUCUCUAUUGAUGACCUGUGUAGAAAAAGCAGGAACAGAUGAGAAAAUGCUUAUGAAGGUUUUUCGCUGUUUGGGAAGUUGGUUUAACUUGGGAGUUUUGGACAGUAACUUCAUGGCUAACAAUAAAUUACUAGCACUCCUUUUUGAGGUUUUGCAACAGGAUAAGACCUCAUCUAACCUACAUGAAGCUGCUUCAGACUGUGUAUGCUCAGCUCUCUAUGCCAUUGAGAAUGUGGAGACUAACUUGCCAUUAGCUAUGCAACUUUUUCAGGGAGUGCUGACGUUGGAGACUGCCUAUCAUAUGGCUGUGGCACGUGAAGAUUUAGACAAAGUUCUGAAUUACUGCCGUAUUUUCACUGAACUAUGUGAAACUUUUCUUGAAAAAAUUGUUUGUACUCCAGGCCAAGGUCUUGGGGACCUCCGAACUCUGGAGCUGCUUCUUAUCUGUGCAGGACAUCCUCAAUAUGAGGUAGUAGAAAUUUCAUUUAACUUUUGGUACCGACUGGGGGAGCAUUUGUACAAAACUAAUGAUGAAGUUAUUCAUGGCAUCUUCAAAGCUUACAUUCAGAGGCUGCUUCAUGCCUUGGCUCGACACUGCCAGCUGGAACCAGACCAUGAGGGGGUUCCUGAGGAGACUGAUGACUUCGGGGAGUUUCGGAUGAGGGUAUCAGACCUGGUAAAGGACUUGAUUUUCUUGAUAGGGUCUAUGGAGUGUUUUGCUCAGUUAUAUUCUACUCUGAAAGAAGGCAACCCACCCUGGGAGGUGACAGAAGCGGUUCUCUUUAUCAUGGCUGCUAUAGCAAAGAGUGUUGAUCCGGAGAACAAUCCAACACUUGUGGAAGUCCUAGAAGGAGUUGUCCGCCUCCCAGAGACUGUACAUACGGCUGUGCGAUACACCAGCAUUGAAUUGGUUGGAGAGAUGAGUGAAGUCGUUGAUCGAAAUCCUCAGUUCCUUGACCCUGUGUUGGGCUAUUUGAUGAAAGGCUUGUGUGAAAAGCCCCUGGCUUCUGCUGCAGCCAAAGCCAUUCAUAACAUUUGCUCUGUCUGCCGAGAUCACAUGGCUCAGCACUUUAAUGGACUCCUGGAGAUUGCCCGUUCCCUUGAUUCCUUCCUGUUGUCUCCAGAAGCUGCUGUGGGCUUGCUAAAAGGGACAGCACUUGUCCUAGCCCGAUUACCUUUGGAUAAGAUUACUGAAUGUCUUAGUGAACUAUGUUCUGUUCAGGUUAUGGCAUUGAAAAAGCUGUUGUCUCAAGAGCCCAGCAAUGGCAUAUCCUCAGAUCCCACAGUGUUCUUAGAUCGCCUUGCAGUGAUAUUUAGGCAUACCAAUCCCAUUGUGGAAAAUGGACAGACUCAUCCAUGCCAGAAAGUCAUACAGGAAAUAUGGCCAGUUUUAUCCGAGACUCUAAAUAAGCACCGGGCUGAUAAUCGGAUUGUAGAGCGUUGUUGCAGGUGCCUGCGCUUUGCUGUUCGCUGUGUAGGCAAAGGAUCUGCAGCGCUGCUGCAGCCACUAGUCACACAGAUGGUGAAUGUGUACCACGUACAUCAGCAUUCCUGCUUCCUGUACCUUGGCAGUAUCCUUGUGGAUGAAUAUGGCAUGGAAGAAGGCUGUCGGCAGGGACUACUAGACAUGCUCCAGGCACUGUGCAUCCCCACCUUUCAGCUCCUAGAACAGCAGAAUGGUCUCCAGAAUCACCCUGACACUGUAGAUGACCUGUUCCGGCUCGCCACCAGGUUUAUUCAGCGUAGCCCUGUCACCUUGCUGCGGAGCCAAGUAGUCAUCCCUAUCUUACAGUGGGCCAUUGCCUCUACUACCCUGGACCACCGGGAUGCCAAUUGUAGUGUCAUGAGGUUCCUACGAGACCUCAUUCAUACAGGGGUAGCCAAUGAUCAUGAAGAAGACUUUGAAUUACGGAAAGAACUGAUUGGACAGGUGAUGAACCAGCUUGGACAGCAGCUUGUCAGCCAGCUGCUGCACACCUGCUGCUUUUGCCUCCCCCCCUAUACCCUACCAGAUGUGGCUGAAGUGCUCUGGGAGAUCAUGCAGGUUGACAGACCGACUUUUUGUCGUUGGUUAGAAAAUUCCUUAAAAGGUUUGCCAAAGGAAACAACUGUGGGAGCCGUCACAGUGACACACAAACAACUUACAGACUUCCACAAGCAAGUCACUAGUGCUGAGGAAUGUAAGCAAGUUUGCUGGGCCUUGCGAGACUUCACCAGGUUGUUUCGAUAGCUCACACUCCUGCACUGUGCCUGUCACCCAGGAAUGUCUUUUUUAAUUAGAAGACAGGAAGAAAACAAAAACCAGACUGUGUCCCACAAUCAGAAACCUCCGUUGUGGCAGAGGGGCCUUCACCGCCACCAGGGUGUCCCGCCAGACAGGGAGAGACUCCAGCCUUCUGAGGCCAUCCUGAGGAGUUCCUGUUUGGGGGUGUGAGGGAAAAUCAGCGCGGUUUUUAAAAAGAUGGCUGAGGCCUGCCCGGCGUGGUGGGAGGGGAGCUGGUUUCCUGGUGAACUUUCUAAAAGGAAAAAUAAUUUUAAGUAAAGAAAAAAGAAAAAAAAGGAAAACUAAACAGAAACCAGAACUGAAACAUUCACCUGGUAGCAAGUGACACAUGCACGCACACACAUACACGCACAAGCGCCAGUGCGCACGUGCACGUGGAAAAACAAAAGGACAAGCUUUCUGUGAAACAAAAUAUUUACUUAGGGAUAAUGUGGGGAUUCACGUGAAUUAAAUAGCUGCAAUUGGAAGAAGAGGGUCAGGGUCAUUUGUUCAGGUUUUCUAUUGUUUUGUCCUCUGUUUCCUCUUCUCCCCUUCCUUCUGUUUCUCUCUCCCCUCCUUUUAAAUGCAAAUGAGUAGAAAUUUAUUCUACCUUCCCCAGGUGUUUCUUCCCACCUUUAGAGUUGUGUAGACAAGGAGGAGUAAGCAAGGAGCCUGUUCUGCUUUCUAUUGUGGUCACAUUGGUGAUGCUCAGGACCUGCCAGGGUCAGAAUUUAUGGAUAUCUGAACCAUACAUCCAUAACCAUAUCUCAGUCCACUUCCAAUCCACAUCAGGUUGUUGUCUGCCUUGGAGAGAAGAGCCAAAACUGGGGUGGGGUGGGGGGUACAGGAUAUAAAUGUGUAAGUUUUUGUUUUUUAAGGUUUUUUUCUUAGUGAAUUAUUCACCCACAGACAUGAGAGAAAAAAAAAGAGGGAGGGUGUGUGGAGAAAAAAUGUUUACAGGGCUAACAAGGGAUGAUGUGUCAUUUAGUAUUUUACUAAAAAGUGUGGAAAUGACUUGAUUUCAAGGGGAGGGUGAGGCCAAAGAGGGAAGCCCAAAACAGAUCUUAAUGUUUCAAAGGAGUGCAGCCCUGCACAGCCAUCAGAUAUGAGGGCACUGUUCUGUCUGGUGUUGUAGCCAUCUCAAGAACAAAUCAACAGCAACAAAAGAAAAAGAAUAAAUUUUUAAAAUUUAACCAGU